AGGCACGUCGAACUGGUCAGGGGACUACUUCUACAACACAACCGGUGUUGCUGUAGUGGUAGAUCAAAGUGGCCAAAAACGAAAGCCUUUAGUUGAACAGCUGCGUCGUAUAUUCGUGCGCGAUUGGGAUUCAUCGUACGCCCAUCGACUACCAGAAUAUAUGAGUGUUUGCCUGGAGAAUCAAGCCGGUGAUCCAAUGUGCGCAGCAGAGAAAACUCACUGAAA